CGCUUGUUUCACCACAUAUUAACAAACAACUUCAUCUGCGGGGAAAGUGCUUUUGAAAUUAGAGACAAAAGAAUUUUUAUUAUAUUUAUGUAUAUUAUAUUUCUCGCGGUGUAACUUUUUCAGUACCUUUUCACGCUACUUUACAUGACAAUAAUGGCUAAAAUGUUGCUCAUUGGGAUGAUACCAUGAGUUUUAAGGGGGACACGAUAGAACUGACAAGUUUACACGAAAUUGGAAACUUUUUUACUCGUCUCUCGUUACAUCAUAGAAUGAGCGUUUCCAAGAUCAACGCCUUUGAAUAUCGAUUAAACGUCACGAUCAGAAGUGUAAGAAUUUUUUUUUUAUAAAUAAUGGAACUAAAAGGGAAGGUUGCCCUGGUAACAGGGGCAGCUUCCGGUAUUGGAAAGGCGUAUGUCGAGGAAUUAUUAAAUCAAGGAGCAAAGGUUUCAAUCUGUGAUAUUAACAAUGAAGCUGGUGAAGAAUUAGUAAAUACACUUGCGGCUAAACAUGGCGAAAAUAGAGUCAUGUUUUCUCACUGUGAUGUUACCGACUAUUCUCAAUUUGAAGAAUCUUUCGAGGCGACUCUCUCAGCUUAUGGGAAGAUUGAUAUUGUUGUUAAUAAUGCAGGAAUUAUGAACGAUAGAUUUUGGGAGCUAGAAGUAGACAUUAAUCUUAAUGGAGUAAUUCGAGGAACACUUUUGGCACAAAGAUAUUUAGGUAUUGAUAGGGGUUAUGGAGGUGGUGUUGUGGUUAAUACCGGAAGUAAUUGCAGUAUAAAUCCAUACGUUAGUGUUCCAAUUUAUUCAGCCACUAAAUCUGCAAUUGUCAGUCUUACCAGAGCAUUUGGUGAUCAGUAUCAUGUGGAAUUAACCGGCGUUAGAGUAAUGGCUCUUUGUCCAAAUGCCACUGACAGCAAUUUAGUUCGCGAUGUUGGAAAACAAUUACUUUCACCUAGGUACGAAGAUGCUUGGCGUCGAGAUACAGUUUCCGAUGUUUCUCAAAAAGCUGAACACGUGGCAAAAGCUUUGAUCCACGUAUUAAAUAAUGGAAAAAGCGGAAGCGUUUGGCUUGUGGAAAAUGGACAAACUGCACGAGAAGUUUGCUUUCCGAAAGCUUAAAUUUUAUACAUUUCAUUUGUAUAAAAUACUGCAGAUUUUUUCUAUAUAUGCUUUAAAAUUUCAGAUAAAUGGGGGAAAUAUCAGACGAUAGUAUUCGAUAAAAUUAACGCACAAGGUCCAUUGAUAUAAAACAAUGAUUGCUCCAUAAACCGCGCUCACAUUUUUUUUUUUUUUAUAAAAUUUACUAUAUAUUUUAUCUUUUUUUAAAAUUAUUACAUUUGUAAUUUUCUAUUACUAUUAUCGAAUUUAUCUAUUAUACAAUAUCAAAUAUCGGAAAUAAUAAUUAAUAUUGAGAAUAUAGUACAUAUAAUAUCGAAAAAAAAAAAUAUCGAAAAUAUUUACAAUCAUUCAUUAGAAAGUCAUUCUGGACCAAAAACAUAUAUGAAAAAGUUGAUGGUAUAAUUC